CUACCGUCCAAACACUUGUCCCUGUUGGUCUUCUUUGAAUUGAUCUGGGCACCCGGCACCCUAUUACGCGAAGAUUGGGAUAAAACAAAGGCAAGUAAAUUUGAGAAGGAGAAAGAGAAGGGAUAGAGGAAUGUCAUUUCAGCUCCACUCCGGCCAGUACUACCUCUUGCCGUCGCUCCCGAAUCUCGCUUCACUUACAACCUCUUCGAAGCUCUAUCAAUGUCAUGCGGCACCGCCGAGACUCUGGAGCGGUUGCGCGAGAUUGAUGUCUCCGGCUAGCAGAAAGCGGCGGCAGAAGUCAUCAGCCAACAGCUCAUUCAACCGCCCUUCGGCAUCAGCUUCCCUUGAUUUGACAGAAGACAAUGUUAAGCAGGUCUUGGUUGAUGCUCGGACAGAGCUUGCUCAACUGUUUGAUACCUCUGUUGGGAUAACAGGCAAAGUAGAACUGGCAGAAGUGGAUGGACCCUAUGUGAAGAUCAGUUUAAGUGGCAAGUUUUGGCAUAAGCGUUCCACUGUUUUAGCUAGGAUUGGCAAUUACUUGAAGAAAAAAAUCCCGGAAAUCCUGGAGGUUGAUAUAGAAGAUGAGAAGCAGUUGGAUGACAGCCCUGAAAACUUCCGAGGCAGCACUGGCCCUUGUGAGGGGCAUACUGGCAUCCCACCAAACUGAGACUACCCUACUUGAGCUUCAUAAGCGGCCUUGAAAAUAAUACAGUACUUCAUUGUCAUCUUUACUGUGAAAUUGCAAGUCCACAAGUGAGGGAAAUAUAUGGCAUUCUUCAAACUAUAUUUCUGAAAAAGUAAAAAAAAUAUUUGUCUGCUACAGUAUAGACUUAUGCUGUGUGUAUUUAUCUUAUCUUAACCAUGAAUGACUCCAUAUAUAAGUAUGGAGAAGCCAAAUAGACGCAUGGUGGUGCCGGCUGACUCAGGGUGUCCAAGUGAUUGAGAUUUGACAAAAGGCAUGAGUGGAGGUUAGAGUGCCGACCCCCAAGCCCCACACCGUGUGCCAUAGGGCACCUAGAUUGUAUUUAUUGUCUAAGGUGUUCCAACUAUCUUAGUUUAACAUUGACAAAAAUUAUCUCAGUUUAGCAUGGACAAAAAAGAAAAGGAUAAUUUGUGCGAGAUGAAAGGAGUAAUUUUUCUUGUACUCCGUAUAACUUAACAAUAUUAACCUAUUAGAAUCUCAAAGAAGUAGGCUCUGGGAAGGAGACCUUACUCAUAUUCAAAGUAAAAAGUCUAUUUCCAAGAGAUUCCUAAUUCGAACACAAUAGAAAUCACAUAGCACGAUAAAAAACAAAUUAAAGGUAAGAAAAGUGCAAGAAGACUAAGGUCGUGUUCUUUUCAAAUUAUUAUUAGAAAAAAUUACCCAAAAUAAUCCCAACUUUACCCGGUCUUUCAAAAAUAAUCUCACCUUUCACUGCGAUGCAUAAUAAUCCCAACUUUACUGAAAUUUGCCAGUUUUGGGUCGCCGUUAAGUUUCUAACGGAGGGUUAACGGAAAUGCCCGUUUUGGGCAACAAAAUGAAAGUUGGGAUUAUUUUUGAUGAAUUUUUGUUUUUUAAUUUUUUUGAAAUUUUCAUUUAAAUUUUUUAAAUUACUUUCCACCUCCAUCAUCAUUUCUUUUUCCUUUUUUAAAGAUUAGUCUUAGUUUAAAAAAUAAAAAUAAUAGAUAUAAGAAAUGAAAAAAUGAGAAAUGUAACUAAAAUGAUACAAAAAUAAUAAAAUAAAUAAGGUAAUCAAUGGAAACUAACUUUUUUUUUGAAGUCAAUGGAAACUAACUUGAAAUUGGUAAAAGUAAAAUAAAAAUAUACGGGUGGGUUUAAUAUUUUAGGCAUUAUACAAAGUAUUAACAUGUCACUUCUUAUUUUUUAGAAAAAAUUAUCUACAAUAAUUCCAACUUUACCGGACGGCUUGUUCUUUUAAAAAAUAAGUAGUACAUUAAGAC